CAGCCGACUCUGUUCUCGUCAUUUCCAAUUUUCCAUAUUCACCCUUUCAAAAUCUUUCCAGGGUGUUGCUGACACAUUGACAUCUCAUAACGUGAAGGGUCAAAAUUGGGAAUAUAAUCACUCAUCUACCGACAACCACCACGUAUAUAAACUACGACAGCGUACAACUAGAAAACCACAGCGUACAUCUCACACCAAUUCAGACUAGGGUUUCUGAGAAUAGGUCGUCAAUCAUGGAUGCAGCAAGAGAAGUUGAAGGAUUUCUCGAUAAAAUCAAACCGCCUCGCCUCGAAGACGCGGGCCUUGAAGAUUGCGCAUUGCCACCGGAAUCCAUCAAGGAGGCAUUUCUCAAGGCCGCCACCGCUGUCCGAACAAUCAUCUCAGCACCCGAUGACGAAGAUGAAGGCCGUUGUGUGGACGAUCCAGUAGAAGGUUCCUCUGAUAUACUCGUGGGGAUCAAGGAGGGUGUAAAAUCCCCUCCUGGAAGAUGCUCCGCUGAGAAGGACGGCGGUUUGACGGAGGCGACUGGUGAUGAUGUGGUGGUUUCCAGCGGUAGUACGGAUGAUAAACCGGGUGAUUUGCUAGGAUCAAGUGUGCCGGAGGAUGGAAAGGCGGCUUGUGUUGAUGGAUUGCAGGGGUUGGAAAUUGGAGGAAAGCGUAGCGGUAUUCUGGACAAGAAAAUGAAGAAUGAGAAAGGAGAGGAUGAAGAAGAAGAAAAACCAAUUUUAGCGGAAGGUUAUGUGUGAAUUAUUAUGUAAUUUAUUAGACGGUAAUUUCUGUUUAGCACUAACGUUUUUCAAAUGCGUUGGUGCUAGGGUUUAAGGAAGUAUGUUUAAUGAUAUUUUUUUCUUGAUUUUUCAGUAUAGCAUAUGUCAUUUAUGUAUUUUAUCGAAAUCCUCUCCACCAUUCCAUUAUUGUUACUGUAUAGUAUUCUAACUUUAUGGUA